GGCACUGCCAAGCCAUUACUGCUCUUGCUUGGCACUGGCACUGUUGAGUGAUCGUGAUGUGCUUUGUGGUCUUUACUGUUUGAUUGCUGAUAAGUGGGACCUUCCAUAAGCUUAAAGUAGUUUAGUAAUGGAUAUAGGCCUGUGGAAUUAUCAUAAGAAAAUUAUCUCAAGGAAAUUAUAUAAUGAGUGAUAAAGUAUAGAGAAGGUAAUGCAGAUUGAUGAAACUUUUCAAAGGAUGAAAGAGUGAUUUCUGGCAUACCCCAAAAACGUGAAGCAAAACACCAUUCAUAGUAAGAAAUAAGAAAGAGGAGAAAAAGAAACAAUUACCACACCUUGAAAAAUCACUAAGGAUUAGGAAGACAUGUCCAGCGUGAGAUGGGGAGCGCGUUCCCUGCGCAGACUGCUCUCUGUGCGCAACGGGAAGACUGCUACUGUGAACGGUGUGUUAUGCUUGCGUGUCAUUGGUCGUGAACCCCAGAGAUGCUCCCUGGUGUUCGCCCGUCCCAUCUCCACCUGCAUUUCACUCUGCCAGUCCUCCGCUGGGCCGCCAACGGAUGGGAGUGGGGGGGGCGAUGAUGGUAAUGACAAGGAUGCUCAGAGCAAGAAAAGCGAGAAGAACCAGUUAUGUUGUCCCAAGUGCGGUGAUCCUUGCACCCAUGUGGAGACCUUUGUUUCCUCGACACGGUUUGUGAAGUGUGAGAAAUGUCAUCACUUCUUCGUGGUGCUGUCAGAGGUGGACUCCAAGCGCAAGCAGAAGGAAAAGCGAGAUGACCCCAAAACCUCCUUCAGUCGCAGACCGCCUCCUCCACCAAAGAAGAUCUAUGAGUACCUGGAGAAUCAUGUGGUGGGACAAGAGCGUGCCAAAAAGGUGCUGAGUGUGGCAGUUUACAACCACUACAAGCGCAUCUUCCACAACAUACCCCAGACCAAGUCAGAGCCCCUGCACCUGGACACAGCCACCAUCCCGCAGGGCCUCACCAACAGGGGUAGGGACCUCUUGCACAUUGCCGGCAUCAGCCAAAGCCAUGCGCUGGGGGUCAGUGGCUUCCAGAACAACGAUCAGGGACAGCAGGGGGGACAACAGGGGGGGCAGGGGGGCCAGACCCUAGACCAGCAGACCUCAAAGCGGCCUGUCACCAGCAGCAACAAUUUGCAUGGAUCAGACAUAUUGGAUGCGACCACACACAUGCUCCGGCUGGAGAAGAGCAAUAUUCUUCUCUUGGGGCCAACUGGUUCAGGCAAGACCCUCUUAGCCCAGACCAUAGCCCAGUGCCUAGAUGUCCCCUUUGCCAUCUGCGACUGCACCACGCUCACCCAAGCUGGCUAUGUUGGUGAGGAUAUUGAAUCUGUCAUUGCCAAGUUGCUGCAGGAUGCCAACUAUAAUGUGGAGAAGGCCCAGACAGGCAUUGUAUUCCUUGAUGAGGUGGACAAGAUUGGUGCAGUCCCAGGGAUACACCAGCUGCGUGAUGUAGGGGGGGAGGGGGUCCAGCAAGGCAUGCUCAAGAUGCUGGAGGGCACUAUUGUAAAUGUACCCGAACGCAAUUCCCCGCGUAAGCUCCGAGGUGAGACAGUCCAGGUGGACACAACCAACAUCUUGUUUGUAGCCUCAGGAGCCUUCAAUGGGCUGGAUCGUGUUGUGUCCAGGAGGAAUAAUGAGAAGUUUCAAUACCUAGGCUUUGGUAUUGGGGGCCAGUCUGUAGGCCGUCGGGCAGCGUCGCAAGCUGACGUAGCACACCAGACAGCCAGCACAGAUGCUGAGGAGGACAACCAGGAGAAGGAUGCACUGCUAUCAAAGGUGGAAGCCAGGGACCUCAUUGAAUUUGGCAUGAUCCCGGAAUUUGUAGGGCGUUUCCCUGUUAUUGUCCCUUUCCACUCCCUGACGGCUGCCAUGCUGGUCCGGAUCCUUACCGAGCCCAAGAAUGCACUUGUGCCACAGUUCCAGAUGCUUUUUGGGAUGGACAAGGUUGAACUUGCCUUCACCCCAGAUGCCAUGGAGGCCAUUGCACACAUGGCAAUGGAGAGGAAGACAGGUGCAAGAGGCCUACGCUCCAUUAUGGAAAACCUCCUCCUUGAUGCCAUGUUUGAGAUUCCUGGCUCAGACAUCGUGAGUGUACAUGUGACUGGCGACUCAGUUAGAGGGGAUGCGGCUCCCAUCUUUGUCCAUGGCCAGCCACUCCCAACUGAGGAUGACCAGGAGGAGGAGCAAGCAUUAGCUCAGGCCAAGUAAGAGAGAACUUUGAAGGCUGGCUAACUGGUUGGAGAAGAAGAGAUGGAGGAGAGCAGCCAAAGAGGCAGCAGAGGAGCAAGAGGAUGAAGAGGAAGAGAGUAGGGGGAGAGGAAAGAGGAAAGGAAGAGAAGGAGGAAGAACUUCAGCAGGACUAAGAAGAGGGAAGGGGUGAUCCACAAGACUUCGGCCAAUGACAGGAGAGACUCAGAAACCUGAUCUUCCUCUUAGCUCAAGACAGGGAAGAGGACUAAGCCAUUCCUCAGGGUUGUUUGGCAUUAAUCUUUCCUUCAGAUGAGGCUGAGGAUAGAGAGAAAUGUAGCGACUGAGACAGAGGGAGAAAGAAAGACAGAGGGGAGACAGACAGACAGAUUUACCUAAAAGACAUGUUAAGGAAGACAGUUGGGAUUAAUACUGUUAAAUGCAUGUCUUACCAUCAUUUUUCUUUAUUUUCUUUAUACAUAAAAAAAAUUAUGGAAGGUAGCAAGUAUUUUAUAAAGUUGUGUACCUUCAUAUCAAGAACCAGCUGCAAAGGAACUGUGAUAUACAAGAUGCCUAAUUGCAGUGAAAUCAACAGUUUGAAUAGUUUUCUGUUUGGGUUUGGGUUUUGUAGAGAAUCCAUGUGUUCAACAAAAAUUAGACGUCUUAAUAUUUUGUACAAAAUAGUAAGGUGUAUAUAUGAGUUUGUAAAAUAUUCAGUAAGGUGAGUACAAUUGCAGUUCAAUUAUUUAUAAUGUUAUUAUUAUUAUUUUAUAUUGGCAAGUAUUUGUACGUUUAUCUCCUCUUUAUUUCCUAUGAUUUUUUUUUUUUUUUUUAACAAAAAAUGGGGAAAAAGAAUAUGGCAGUCCAGUGAAGACAGAUACAAGUGUAGGCUGAAAAAACUAGGACAUGUUCUCUGUUGUCUCAGAUCGGCCUAGGUCCUCUUUUCUAUGUAUAGUUGUAUGUAUUCCAUAUUUGGAACAUUUGUACAGUGUUUUAUUGUUAGGGGUUAGUCUCGUAGACAGUUAAGAAUUGUCUUCGGAUUUCAUUUGAAAAGUUCCAGUGAAGCAUACUACACGGGCUGUAGAUGAAGACUGUACACAAAGAGAGAUAGUGGAGUUAUCAUCGUUAUCAUCAGGUAUUAGUGUAUAAAGAGAAUUAAGGUUAAGUGCAUAUCUUUUUGUGUUAUUUUUCCCUUUUUUAAGUGUGUGUUGUGCAGUCUUAUUUUUCAAGCUAGUGUGGUUGAUGGAUUUAAACUGUCUGUUUAGAACUGCUCUUCAGUGCGGCCAAAAAGUAAGGAAUGAUGCUAUUGGCUGCACGCUAAAAUUUAACGUCCAGUUUUAGAACAGGUUGUAAAAACAUAUGUAUAUAAAAGUAGAGAAUAAGAUAGAAAAAAAAAAAAAUAGACAUAAAACUGGGCUUAAAAAAAAUUAAAUUAAUUAGUCUGUGAGUGGUUGAUUGUGAAUGUGUAUGAGUGUGUGAGGAGUGAGUUAGUGAGUGAAUUAUUGAGUGAGUUGUAAGCGUAAGAGUAUGUGUGUGUGUGUGUGCUCGUGCAGGUGUGUGUUGGUGUCUGUUAGUCUGUCUGUUUGAGGUUGAGUGAGUGACUGAAAGAAAGAGUGAAAAAAUUAUACAGUAGGUCUAGAGUGGUGGCUGCAUAUGGUUUUCAUGGCAUAAUUGGAGCUGUAUGGGAGUAUUUAGUGACUCCAGCAUUCACAUCUUUAAAAAUUUCCUUCAAUCUGUUUACUUAGGGAACAGAGUGUUUAUUGAAGAUAUAUACUCUCAGAGUCUGUUUAUAUCAGUUGGUCACUAUUUGUUCUUUGUAUUUCAUUUGUCUCCCCUCAAAGAUUAAUCUCGAGUUUUGUAGUUGCUGUUUAUUCAGUGUAAUUAAACCACUUAAAAUGCAUUAUUUUUCUGUUUUUCUUAUAUUCUUGAUUGUUCAUUAUCCUUGUCUUUUUUCUUUCAUUUUAUUAUUAAAAUAGUGUGAAGCUCAGCAUAGCUGGAGACGGUUCGUUCAUAUUUUUUUGUAAGGCAUUGCUGUCCUUUUAGAUUUGCAUAAUUUUUUUUUUUUUUCUUUUUAGUGAAAGAAUGACAUGAAGCAGGAACUCUUAUUUUUAGGAGAAUGGUUAAAAUGAAAAGCUCCUCUCUUUGUUUUCUAAACUAGAAUUUUUAAUGGUUUGACUUAUUAUGCAAGAGACUUAGGUGUGAGGUGUGUCAGUUUUAGAGCAUUAGGCAGAGUUCAGUAUUUUUGAAGACUGAGUGCUUCUCUGAAGUUGUUGGGGUGCAAAAUAUGCUGUAACUUUUCUCUGUCCAAAUUAUGAGAGUAUUUAGAUUGUGAGUUCUUAAUCCACCAUUGUAUGAAUAACAUAUUAUUAAAUUAAUUAUAUGACUUGUAGUAAAGGCCUUUGGUUUUAUGGAAUAAAGUCUUUCUUAUCUUAACAGAUUGCCAAAUUUUGUAUACUAGGCAGUUUUCUUAUACCUUUCUCUUUUUUUUUUCUUUCAAUGAAUUAUCUUUCAUGGAAUCUCAAGGAAUUUCUGUGGCUUCUUGAUAAAUCUAUAGAAUGUAUUUGUAACAGCUUUUUCUUAAAAUCUCUUCUUCUUUCAUUUCUUCGAACAUUUGUUAAUUUCCAUUCUACUCUUCUGACCUAUUGGGUUAUAAACAACACUUUUGGAAAAUUAUUGUUGUAGAAAUAUUAAAUAGAUACUGUUUUAUAUUUUC